GCAGCGGAAAAAACGGAGGAGGUGUAAGCAGGCAGUGAUGGUGAUGACAAGCGGAGGAAAGGAUCGGUGAGCUCCGAAACUGUGAAAUAACCCAGAGCAGACGAUACAGGAGAAGCGGGGAACUUACCAUUCACUGCCAAGCAGAGACGCCAUCUAUUGUACCGAGCUCCUGGAGAGAGCAGAGAGAGGAGCAGAUUGUAGCUGAGAGCCGGUGGCCGCCCUCUUGUGAGUCACAGUGAUGCGGAAGGAGGAGAAGCAAACUAGAGAAGAAGAAUGGGAUACCUCGUGACCUUAUGUAUUCUGCUAUUCUUCACUUGCCCCAUGUGCCUAGCUCGAUACACCACUCCUGAGUUUGAGAAUGGAAGCGGAGAUGAAGAAGGCACAAGUUUAACGUCCCCUACUCAGGGCCAUGAGCUUGUUGGGCUUACAACAGAGAACACUGUAAAAGUGAAUGGCACAGCCACCUCGUUUAACCUUUUGGAGAGUAUAACUCAGUUUUUAAAAGAGUAUAUGUUACUUAUAAUUGUGGUGGGUUCACUGGUCAUUCUGCUGAUAUUUAUAGUAUGUACAGCAGUGAUUAUGAGUCACAGACACAAAGCAUCUGCCUACUACCCUUCCUCCUUCUCACAGAAAGAGUAUGUGAACCAUGAUGACAAAUGUGGAGGGCCAAGGUCCUUUAAUGAGAUUCCAGAAAAAGCACAAGAUGUAAAGGCAGAAGAGGUUGUGGACUCGACUAAGCAGCUUCAAGCUGAUAUCCUCAAUGCUGCACAAAACCUUAAAUCACCUACCAAAGGGGCUAGCUUCAAAGAAGACCAAAAGAUCCCAGAGGAACCAAAAGAGACCAGUGAACCAUCUGAGAAAGAAAAUACGGAAGAGGCUACCACUGAUAAAACCCAAGAGAGUAUUAAAAUCCAAGAGAAAUCUCCCUGUGAAAAAGUGGAGGAGACUCCCAGUGAGCCACCAGGGGAAUGUAAACCUGCAGGCGAUUCUCAGGAGGUUCCUGCUGAAGCAGAUGUUCUAACAACUGAGGAGCAACGUGGUGGAAAUGUGGAAGAGGCGAAUCCUGUGUCCCCUAACUGUGAAACAGAAAACAGUCCUUGUGCGGGUCAAGAAGCACAGCAGGCCUCAGAAAUAUGCGGGGUUUAAUACAGUAUGACAGUAUUAUUAAAAAAGACAUGCAAACUCAACCUAAAUUAAAGGGUUAUAUAUGUAGCUGCAGUAAUUAUUUUUAUGCAGUUGACCAAGACAGCAAACAGAAAACAGGUGUCAUUUUCAUGAGCAAUCAAGAGAUUUUGGGAACUGCAGCAUUCAAGCACAGCAGCAAAACAAUAACUAGAAGGCAUGAUAACUGUAUUUUUUAAAAACAUUUGUUAAUUUCUAUAACAAAAACAAAAACCAAAGAGAUCCAGUUUCUACAUCGGAGACACUAUACUUUCUUUAUGGACUCAUAGAAGGUACAAUAAUGAAAUCAGACAUUGUAAUGUCACAUAAAGUAGUGAUGAUAAUUCUAGUUCAGUAUGUGUUUGUUAUUACUUAAGACUAGACCUCCAGCCAAGUUUUGAAAGAUCCACAAAAUUUGUAGUUACUGAUUAUUUUAGUAAAGCCCUCCAGGCCCAGAAGUGGGUAGGAGGUGAGGGGGCAUGGUAUCAUCCAACCCCUACACCGCCCACUUGACUGGCGAUGUAGGCUGAUCCAGUAUGCUGGUAUACUCUCUGUUGGGUCUGCGAUUGCUCCCAAAAAUUCGGGACCUCCUGGACCUUCUGGUAGAGUUAACAGCUAUAACACAAAUGUGGGUAAAUUACAUUACCAAAAGUCACAGUUUUACAAAGGGUGCCAACCUUUAUUCCAGCCACAAGGUUCUCUCUGUUCUCUAGGUUAGGAAUCAAGUAUGCACUGUCCACCACUUGAUUUAAUAAAAGCUCAUUACUGACAGAUGCUGUUCAUUUGAUACAGAUUCACAUUGAGCAACUUGGGAAAAUAAGUAACAAAAGGGAAGUAUUGCAUUAAGUGUCAGAUAUUUUACUUGUAAUAAUUUCCAAAGAUGACAUUGCUUUUCAGUGAGAAUAAGCUUAAGAAUGCAAACCGCUUCCCACUGAAAUGGAUGUACAAUUACAUGUGUGCCUCAGACAAAUCAUAAAACUCAACUUUGUGCUUCUUUACAACAAAAGGACAUGUCUCCAUCAUGGCAUGGCCAUCACCCUUUUCAGUUAAUUUAUAUAUCAGCAUCUUCUAUGCUGCGUAUUGGUAUGGUGCUUUUGCUAUGUAUCAGAUUCAAAGCAUAUUCUAUUUGUUCCAUAGGAGCACACCAUUCCACUCAGUGCUUACCUGAAUUCAUUCCUCACCUGUUUUUGGAAUAAGGCAUUCUCCGAUGCACAUAAUCUAUUACACGGAGAGAUCAUAAAUGAGUGAUAAAGAUAAACAAUCCUUCAUAUAGAGAUUCUCAUAUUUUAGGUACUAUGAAAUCUGACUCCACAUCCAUAUAAUAAUAAUGUAUUACUUUAUUGGACCCAUAUGCUGGGUUAUUUCAGUCUCCACCCCAUCCCAUCCUCCACUCUAUCAGGUACCGUCCCCUCUCUGCUAUUCUGACUCCUGUCACUCCGUCCUGACUGACCCUCCCCUCCUUCAUUGCUAUGUCUCAUCUCUCCCCCGUUGUUCAGCUCUGACCCCCAAUCAACCCCACUUCCCGCUGUCAUCCCCCCACCUCCCAUCCCCCGGCUCCAAUACUUACCUUGUUCCUGGUGGCUGGUCCUCCUCUUCAAGUUCUGUCCCAUCUCACUCUAAGUGGGAAUAUUUAGGAUGCGCACCCAGGCUUCCACUGCAUGUGCACUGAGGAGACAGGACAAUCCUUCUACAAUUAUUAUGUAGAUUAUAUUCCAUUCAACCCAUGGUUGCUGAACUAGAUAUGUUAAUAAACCAAUAUAGUCAUGUUAAUAUUCAAGAUAGUCAUAAUUAAUAUUAAAUAUUUUAUAAUUUUAUAGUGGUCAAAAGUUAGUUAUAUAUUUAGUUAGCAAUAGUGAACUAAUGAUUACUGAGUAUAUACGACCACAGGGCCUGAUUCAGAUAUGUACGCAAACAUGAUGUUUUUGCAGUUAAGGGUUAUUGCUGGUCGUUGUAUGUAUCUAAGGGGGUCUAUUUACUAAGCCUUGUAUGGAGAUAAUGUGAACAGGGAUAAAGUACCAGCCAAUCAGCUCCUGUCAUUUUUCAAACACAGGGGCAGACGUAUUAACCUGGAGAAGGCAUAAGGAAGUGAUAAACCAGUGAUAAAUGCAAGGUGAUAAACGCACAAGCCAAUCAGCUCCCAUAUGUAAAUUAACAGUUAGGAGCUGAUUGGCUGGUCCAUUAUCACCUUGCACUAAACACUGCUUUAUCACUGGUUUAUCACUUCCUUAUGCCUUCUCCAGGUUAAUACAUCUACCCCACAGUCUGUAACAUGGCAGUUAGGAGCUGGUUGGCUGUUUCUUAUCUCCGUCCACUGUCUCUAUCCAAGGCUUAGUAAAUAGACCCCUUCGUCACACUGUGCACGUGCUGUGAUGAUCUUGCAAUGGUAGUCGCAGAGUCUGGGACCAUUUAUGGCAGGGAUCUGGGAGUGGUGGCAAUAACGCAGGCAUGUCAUGUUUUUGGGGGGUAUCUCAGCCUGUGACUGCAAUUCCAUAUGCAGUAACAGUGUCUCUGGUAUCUCACUUCCUGCAGCCAUGCUUCCCAACCGUAGGAAUACUCAGAAACCUUAUUUGUGGGUACCCAACCGCUUGUACGCAUACAGCCGCCAUUGGGCGUGUCACUACAAUUUCAAGUGGCUGUGGCAUUGGCAUAUGUUUGCAUAGUAUUUGUGCACACAUUUGCAGCAGUGGUAGCAUUAUCAUACAUCUCUGUAUCAAGCCCACUGUUCAGCUCUAGUGACCUGGGAGGUAAUUCAGACCUGAUCGCUGGGCAGCGAUUUUUGCGAAGUGUGCGAACGCAUGUGUAGCAGAGCUGCACAAACUGAUUUUUUGCAGUCUCUGCGCAGCCCAGGACUUACUCAGCCGCUGCGAUCACAUUAGCCUGUUCGGAACCAGAUUUGACAUCUUUGCGUUUUUCCAAACACUCCCUGAAAACAGUCAGUUUACACCCACAAAUGCCCUCUUCCUGUCAAUCUCCUUGUGAACGCUGGCGCAAAUGGUCCUUCGCACAAACCCGUCGCUGACCGGCGAUCCGCUUUGCAGCCAUCUGUCGCGCCUGUGCAUUGCGGUGCAUACGCAUGCGCAGUUUGGAUCUCAUCGCUCACUGUGCGAAAACGCACAGCAGUGAUCAGGUCUGAAUUACCCCCCUAGUUAAAAAGAAAAAUAGACAUAAAUGUAUAUUUCAUUUUCUAGAUAUACAUUUAAAUGUAUCAAUAAAUAGUUAGUGAUAUAUAUUGCUACACAGUACACAAUAUAUUUUAUAUAUGCAGACAAACAUUUAAAGCGUUGUAUACUGGAAACUAGGCAUAAUUAAACUUCCCCAUGAUCCAUCAGUGUAUUUUGGAGAUAUUGGGGGCGAUUCAAUUGUUUGCUUUGCUUGGGCAUGAAUACCAUGGAUGCCCAAUUAUUUCUGCUCGCCGUCUCCUCUUUGGGUGGGCAGAAAUGUGGAAAAAGUUGGGCUUUUUGCACAUGUAUUAUGUGGCUAAACCCUGUCAAUUUGGGUGUGACAAUUGCAUAACGCCAAGUGAUGGGUGAAAUGGCACGUCAGAAUGUGUUAAAGCAAUUGAAUCUCCCCCAAUUACUCUUUAUAUUGCGAGUGAGUAAUCACUCUGAUUAUGGAAAGGUUAUAACUGAACUUGUUAAAUGUUUUUCUGUACUGUAAUAUAGUAAUAUCUUUCAUUGUAGGCAUUAUUUUUAUUGUAUUGAUUCAUACGUGUUACUUGUUGAACCUCUUUGAAUGAAAAACAGGUCAUUAACUUAUUAACUUCUCCUCUUCUAUAUAAUUAUAAAAUACUGCUGCGUGUAAUUAGCCACUGAUGUGAAGCCAUGGGGUUAAUUGUGCAGUGUUUCUAAAAUAGUAUCUCUAAUUUGGAGUCCCUGAAAGAGUUUGCUUAGUAUGGAAUGACUGAAAACUUUUGAUAUAUGAUUCCAAACAUGUAUUUAGCUAGAAACAACUGUAUACACAAUGAGGAUAAACUUGAGUUGUUUGAGCAGAUCAACAAUGCAAAAUAAACCUUUUAAUAUA